CUUCUCUCUUAUUUAAACCCCCUUCUAAUCAAACCACAGAUUCUCACUUCCCUUUGUGGACUUUGGAGUUGGACACGACAACUGUUCCCUUUCAAACAUUAUUAUAACAAUUCUACAAAAAAUCAAUUUCCUAAUCUCCCCUUUUCCCCACACCAUAAUCAACCUACCUUUUCCCCCAAUUUCACCCUCUCCAAAAGGUGCCCUACUUACCUCUCGCUUUUAGGGUUUUUUUAGCAUCAAUUUCAUCUGCAAUUGGGUGUUCCUUUUGGUUUGAUCAUCUAUAGGUCUGAACUGCGAUGGAGUCUGAGGAUGAUAUGCACGAUGCUAAUGAUAUGGAGUCGGUGGAUGAGGAUUUCUACAGUGACGGUGAUGGCUAUGGCGGUGCUGCGCUGGAUAGUGACGGUGAUGAUGCUGAUUAUGAUUUUAUGGGUAAUGAAUCCGAUGAUUCCAAUGACCAAGCUGUCAAUCGUUCCCAGAAAAAUUAUACUGUCUUGAAGGAAGAAGAUAUACGUCAACGGCAGGAAGAUGAUAUAACGACAAUUUCUGCUCUUCUGUCCUUACAAAGAGAAGCUGCCUGUAUACUACUUCGACGUUAUAACUGGAGUGUGAACAAGGUGCAUGAGGAGUGGUUUGCUGAUGAAGAAAGAGUUCGCAAGUCUGUCGGUUUGUUGGAGAGGCCUGUUAUCCAUCUCUCAAAAGUUAAGGAAGUGGCGUGUGGGAUUUGCUUUGACAAUUUUCCUCCUGAUGGCAUAAGAUCUCUUAAGUGUGGUCAUCCUUUUUGUACUACUUGCUGGAAAGCUUACAUUACCACAUCCAUUAAUGACGGCCCUGGAUGCUUAACACUGCGGUGCCCUGACCCAUCAUGUGAUGCUGCCAUUGGUCAAAAUAUGAUUGAUACGUUGGCAUCUGGCGAAGAUAAGGACAAGUACUAUCGUUACCUUCUUAGAUCCUAUAUUGAAGACAAUAGAAAGGUAGGUAUCUAAUGCCUGCCAGGUUAGUGUGUUCUUAAUGCUAGGAAAAUUAAGCUAUGUUGCUCGGACUCUCCAAAGAUGUUUUCGGGUACGUGUCAGAUCCUUCAAAAGUAGUGUAUUUUUGGAGGAUCCGACACGGGUGCGGCAACAUUUUGGAGAGUCCACGUAACAUAGAAAUUAAGGCAAGGCCGUGCAUUGAGCUCAGAUUGAAAGGUCUCAUGUGCUUCUCACAUGAGGUCAAAGUUUGGUUUUUAAUGAGCUAGGCAUAUUACGUUGGACAUUGCACCAUGGUGCAAAAGGAUUAUUUGUGCAUCAAUAUGUUGUCCAUGAAUUUGAGUCUCUCAUAUCACAGGAGAGGUGCUUGUUUAGUUUGCUCACUCACUCUGUAUGCAUUUAUUUAUUCAGCAUGCGAUGAGGAAAAUUACUAAUUUAGUUGCCAUUACUUUAUCAAGACUGUGACCAGGAACAAUGCCAUAAUCAACUAAUGGAUGCUUUUGAGAACUUGCAUAGUUCAGAUUCUUUUGUUCUACCAGUGAUUAUUUGGUUGAACCAUUGAUGAAGUAACGAUAUGCUCCGUGUGAAUUACUCACAUAUUCUUCUGAAUUAUAUUUAUCCGCUGGCCUAAGAUUUUCCUUUCGAAGUGGUUAUGCUUCUUUUCUACUUCUGUAAGCACAUAUAUAUGUGUAUAUAUAUGUAUAUGUAUAUGUUGAAACAAAGGCAGGAAUGAGGUGAAUCUGGUAGAGGACCUGCAUAACAAUUGUAAUGGGAACGACAUCUGUCUAAUUGGCUAAUUCUUGUAUGUUUCUAAGCGAGAUAGUUGCUUAGAGUUCAGUGCUUUUGUCCUGCAUUAUUUUGGUGAUAAGUAGCAACACUAACUACAAAUCUCUUGGUCUUUUAUCUCACUUAUACAUACUUUUGCUUCUCCUGCUCUCUUUCACUCUUCCAUUUUUGUUUCUGGCUUUUGCAUUUUUUUUCUAUCUAAUAUUCAAGAUAAGCAAUAGUUUGUACAUGUUCUUUGCAGUUUUUGCUGCCUUCUGGUAUAGAUGAUCUGUUUUUGCAUGAACUUUCUAGUAAUGAUGUAUACAUGUAGUAUAGGGGAUAUCCCUUCACAUUUAUAAAUUAAUUGAUGCUGCCAUCUCUGCUGAGUAGUUUGGAUCUUCCAUGGAGUACUUAAAUUAUCAUUGGCUGUUAUAUAUCACAUUGUAUUGACAUGUCUUUUUUUUU